ACAUCAGAAUGGGUCUGGAGGCUGGAAUUGCAACACAGCUGGAGGGAUGUGGUGUCAUCUGUGCAAGGUGGACUUGACCCAAGUGUUCAGAUGGCUUCCAGUAAAUGGGAAAUGUGCCAAGUUACAUGUUAACUGGAUUUUCCUCUGCCUUUCUGACUCUAAGGCUCUGUGCUGCUCUCGGGUACCAUCCUGCUAAUUCUUUUGACUCUCUUCCUCUCCCAAAUUCUUCCCCUCUGCUCCUCCAGUCCUAUCUAUCCAACAGGCUCCUUGGAUCCAGUUUGGUUGACGUCGGAACGGCAGGUUCCUCCCCAGGGAGCACCAACAAGGACUGCUGGCCACGAUGGGCAUCCUGGAAUAUCGGUGUGUUCAUCUGUAUUCGUUGUGCUGGGAUCCACAGGAACCUGGGAGUUCAUAUAUCCAGGGUGAAAUCUGUCAACCUCGACCAGUGGACACAAGAGCAGAUACAGUGCAUGCAGGAGAUGGGGAACGGCAAAGCGAAUCGUCUGUAUGAAGCCUACCUGCCAGAGAACUUCAGGAGACCUCAGACAGAUCAAGCUGUGGAGAGUUUCAUCCGGGAUAAAUAUGAGAAGAAGAAAUACAUGGACCGAAGUAUUGACAUCAAUGCCUUUAGGAAAGAAAAGGAUGACAAAUGGAAGAGGAGUAAUGAGCCAGUGUCAGAAAGAAAACUGGAACCCAUCAUCUUUGAGAAGGUGAAAAUGCCUCAAAAGAAAGAAGAAACGCAGCAGUCGAGAAAAAGUUCUCCUAAAUCUACUGAACCAGUAAUGGACUUGCUGGGACUUGAUGCUCCUCUGACAACCACGGUGGCAAACGGCAGGCCCAGCAGCUUGGAGAAGGAUCUUGAUCUCUUUGCAUCAGUGGGAUCAAACUCUGACUCCAGGAAGGUCACUGGCUCUAUGCCAACAGCUGGAUGUGCUGGGUCUGUUCCUGAAAACCUGAAUCUCUUCCCUGAGCCACGAGGCCAAGGGGAGGAAGUGGGGAAGAAGCAGCUCUCAAAAGACUCCAUCCUCUCCUUGUAUGGCUCCCAAACACCUCAGCUGCCUGCACAAGGAGCAAUGUUCAUGGCCCCAGCUCAGAUGGCAUAUCCUGCAGCAGCAUAUCCUGGCUUCCCUGGCGUGGCCCCUUCCAGCAGCAUGAUGGGAGGCAUGAUGGCACCCUCGGUGGGGAUGAUGGCCCAGCCUGGAGCUGCAGGGAUGGUGACUCCCAUGGCCAUUCCAGCAGGAUAUGUGGGUAACGUGCAGGCAGCUGUCAUCGGUGUCCCCAACGGGAUGAUGGCUGCCCAGCAGGCUGGCUAUGUGGCUGGCAUGGCAGCAGUUCCCCAGCCUGUCUAUGGUGUGCAGCCAGCACAGCAGCUUCAGUGGAACAUUGCUCAGAUGACCCAGCAGAUGGCAGGGAUGAACUUCUAUGGAGCUAAUGGCAUGAUGGGAUAUGGACAGUCAACGGGUGGAGGAGGUGCCCAGGGCAGCAAUCAGUCCCUCAGCACCCAGAUGUGGAAAUGAUCCCUCGCAUUGUGACCAUUUUUGCCUUCUGUUCUGUUCUUCAAAACUGCUCCAUGAGACAUUCAGGGUUUUCCUUUCUGGCUGGUUGCCCAGCCUUGAACCUCUUUCCAUAACUGAGACCCAUCUCUGCCUUUUCACUGUCAGACACAGUGAAACCUCAGUGACCAGAACAUCAGCUCCCCUGUAUCUAGCACAGUCAAUGCACACUUCUGGGGUGGAAUCCCCUCCUUGCACAAACCUCCACUAAUGCUUCUGGGUAGCACUUCAUGUCCUGCUGGGUAUCUUAGCAGAGGUGUGACUGAGGAACUUGGGAAGUCUGUACUUCAUGCUGCCUGGCAUGCCAAGCCUUUUUAAAAAAAAAAAAAAGAAAUCACUUAAACUAGUAUUAGUAGGGGUUUUGGUUAGCAGAGGGGUGGAAACCCUGUUUGGUGCUGAGGAACUGGAUUUUAACCCAAGCCCAGGGGCAAGCAAGCCUUGCUACCUCUUCCCUUGAGUGGAGUUCUCUGGAGCUGAGGCCUCGCUGUGCUUGGCUCACCAACCCUCAUUGGAACCAAAGUCAUUGGGAAGAUCCCUCUCCCUCCCCCCAUGAGCAAGCAGGAUUCUCGCCCACUGUGGGGACAAUGUUUGGAAUGUGAAACUUGCACUUCAGAGUGGCUUUUCUGUCUAAUAUGUGGUAUUGAUGUAUUUAACUUUUAACAAUCUAACGGAGAGUUAACUUAUCAAGGGCUGAGAGCCCCACGUCAAGUUUUCUUACACUUUUAAAAUGACUAUGACAUCCUAAUUUAUACUUUUUUCAUAUUGUUUUUGUUGUUCCUGUAUUCUUGGUACCCUUUCCUAGUUGGCUUUUGACAUUUUUCUCUAGGCAUAAGAAGGUGGGUGGGUCAGAUUUCUUUUCUCAUCUUCAGUAGAACACGACUGCUUAAACUCAUCAGCGUGAGCAAGAAGCCAGACUUCUGUGGUCUGCUUUCUCCUGUGUAUAUGUAAAUUCCCAAAUAAAACAUUGCAGUGAAACCUCAA